UCUAGGCAAACAUCUUAUUGUUAAAGAAAUCCUUUUCUUUAAGGCUUUGAUGCCAGUCAAGUCUAGAUUAAAACAAGAAUUUUAAUAUAACUAUAUCGUUGUUCUGAUGUGCGGAGUAGCUGAAUACAGCCUUGCUGGGAAGAUGACAUGGAUUAACAGAGGGACAUGGCAUCAUAUCGUUUGGCAUCUGACGCAGCAGUGCUUGGUUACUCAGGCUUAACAUGGGAACAGGUGCCUCCAUUUCGAUCUGUCAAACACUAUCUUCCAUUGAAGUUAAGCACUGCACAAAUAAAGUUGGACCAGAGCCUCAAAGGAUUUUUGGCAUUCCCCUUGACAAUUUUACCCAAGAUGCAUCACACCACCAUGUUCCUUUGGUUGUUAAUCACAUGGUGGAAUAUUUAGAAGAGUUUGGACUGAAUCACAAAGGCCUCUUUCGGAUCAGUGGAUCAGCAACCAAAAUCAAGGAGCUGAGGCGGAAGUAUGAUCAAGGGGAAGAAGUGAAUCUUGUUAAUGAAGGAGAUGUUGAUUCCGUUGCCAGCCUUCUUAAACUCUUCCUGAAUGAGCUUCCAGUUGCUAUUUUCCCUGACAAUCUGUGCACUGAUGUUUUGACCAGCUUUGAAGGUGAGCUAAGCCACAUGGCAGAAUGUAUGAGAUGUCUACGAUGGCUGUUAAGCAGCCUGCCCAAAGCCCACUCUAGCCUCUUCCAUUACCUUAUUAGAUUUCUGGUCAAGGUGGCAUCAUACAGUGAUGUGAAUCACAUGACACUGGAGAACCUAGCCAUUGUUUUUGGUCCUACACUUUUCAGAAUUCCAUGCAGCCCUUCAGCUUGUGAGAAACAAACACUUUGCAAUGCUGUGCUUCUUCAGUUUCUCCAACAUCACAAGGAGCUAUUUGUGGAAUGUCCUGACAGCCAUUUUGCACUGACAAAAGAAGAUGACCCUCAGCAUCUCCACACCAUCCUGCCACCCCAAGCGCUCACACAACAACAGGCAGAGGAACUUGAUCACCUAUAACUGGCCGACUGCUUCCCUCCACUUGGUGUCAGUAUUGGGUGUUUAAUCUCACUGCUCAGCACUCUGUAAAACCGGGACUGAUUUUCGUUUAUGAUUUCCAAGCAGACUGGGGAAUGCAUGCAUAUGAUCUUUCUUACAGUUUGCCUCUUUCAAGGGCAAAUUUGUUCCUUUUCACAUCAAGUGCUAUCCUUGCUGAUUUAUAUCUGAAAGUAUAUUUUGCUUCCAUUGUAGACUGUAGCCCUAUGCAGACAUUAUGUUGUACCUGCAUUCAG